AUGGAAUACACAGAAGGCGCUCGCAAAAUGGAGCACGAAUCAGAGGAUUCCUCUAAUACCGAAAUGGAGAACGAAUCAGAAGAUUCCUCUGAUUUCGAAAUGGAGUACGAACCAGAAGAUUACGAGUAUGAAUGUUGUGAAGAGGAAAACUACUGGCCAGCGAAGAAGGCAAAAGAGAAGGGUAGCAUGAAGCCUUACAGAGUUUUGAGCUUUCGAGUCAUCCGUGGACGACAGGACAAGGCCAUGGAGUCUGUUUCAUCCCUUUGUAGUUUAUCUCAAGCCGAGUCAAGGAUUCUCCUGCAACAUUUCAAGUGGAGAGUUCCAGAUCUGCUGGAACAAUGGUUUCACAACGAGCAGAAAGUGCGAAAAGAUUCAGGGCUGUUUCAAUCAUACUAUUCGAUCUGCAUGGAUGAGCACUUCAUUACUGAAAUGAAAGCCCUUGCUUGUGCCCAUUAUUUCUGUAACAACUGUUGGAUGAACUACAUUCAGACGUCAACUAGGGAAAAUGGUAUCGGGUGCCUCAGUUUAAGAUGUCCUCAGCCAAAAUGUGGGGCUGUUGUGGACGAAGACACUGUGCUCUGUUUGAUUACAGAGGAACAGAACAGAAAAAAAUAUGAGCAAUUUCUUGUUAGAACUUAUGUUGGAAUAAUGAAAGAAUCAAAUGGUGCCCUGCUCGUGGGUGUGAGUAUGCUGUGGAAUUGCAGAGUGGAAUCAGCCAAUGCUAUGAUGUGA